AUGGCUUCUUCUUCUAUUUUCAAUCCUCCUUCUUCCACCACUGCUCUCCUCCUCCGCCGCACUCGCCACCCAAUCCAUGUAGGUCCCACCUCUCUCCGCUUCUUGACCAGUCACUCCACUCCUCCUUCAUCCCAUCUUGUCUCCAUCGCUGCUAGUGCUACUGAGGCUUCUGUGGCUAAGGUGAUUGAUGGAAAAUUAGUGGCAAAACAAAUCAGAGAUGAGAUAGCAGCUGAAGUCUCUAGGAUGAAAGAAGCUGUAGGUGUCAUUCCAGGGUUAGCUGUUAUACUUGUUGGAGAUAGAAAAGACUCUGCAACUUAUGUGCGUAACAAGAAGAAGGCUUGUGAAUCCGUUGGAAUCAAUUCUUUGGAAGUAAAUUUGCCUGCAGAUACCACUGAAGAACAAGUUUUGAAUUAUAUUUCAGGCUACAAUGAUGAUCCUUCUGUUCAUGGCAUUCUUGUUCAGCUACCUUUACCGUCUCAUAUGAACGAACAAAAUGUGUUGAAUGCUGUUAGAAUUGAGAAGGAUGUAGAUGGUUUUCAUCCAUUGAAUAUUGGUCGACUUGCCAUGCGAGGAAGAGAACCUCUGUUUGUUCCUUGUACACCCAAGGGAUGCAUUGAACUACUCCACAGAUAUGGCAUUUCUAUCAAAGGAAAGAGGGCUGUUGUGAUUGGUCGGAGUAAUAUCGUCGGAAUGCCAGCUGCUCUCCUGCUGCAAAGGGAAGAUGCUACUGUCAGUGUUGUCCAUUCCAGGACUAGUAACCCUGAAGAGAUCACAAGACAGGCAGAUAUCAUCAUCGCUGCUGUUGGACAACCAAACAUGGUUAGGGGAAGCUGGAUAAAACCUGAUGCAGUCAUUAUCGAUGUUGGAAUCAACCCAGUAGAUGAUCCAAGUAGCUCCCGAGGUUAUAAAUUGGUUGGAGAUGUUUGUUAUGAAGAAGCCAUAAAAGUUGCCUCUGCUAUUACACCUGUUCCUGGAGGAGUUGGUCCAAUGACCAUUGCAAUGCUUCUGCAAAAUACACUCACUUCCGCAAAGAGAAUUAACAGUUUUCAGUAGUCUAAUAAAAGGAUGUGUGUCAUUAUGAGAUUUGAUCUAUUUUCUCUUGAUAGGAAUAUCACAUGAUAUAGUUGUGAUUUUGUUACAGGAAUUAAUCACUAAAUAAUUAGUUUCUUUUAAAUAAUAGUUACUUUAUGUCAUUUUACUCUUUUAGCCCCGAGAGUUGUAUUUAAAGGCCUUGUGCCUCAUUUGAAACACACUCAUGUGAUGGAGGUUGUUGAGUGUGGAAAAGCAAAGGUAACUGGAACAUUACUAGAUGGAUUAUGCAUCAAGGUUCCAAAAUUGUUGGCACCUGAACCACAACUUGCUGACACUUGCAGUUAUUGCAGUGAUAUUUUUUAUGGUGGUUCUA